AUGUCGAGCAAGUACCAGACUUUGCCGUUGUCUACGUCGCGCCCGCACGCGGCCAAGGCACGAACAUCACGACCACGAGCACUUCUUUUCGUCGCACUUGUGACAGUGAGUGUAUGUGCCUGGCUAGGCGUUUGGCAACCUCGCGUGGAUGAGCACGUAUGGCUUGCUGGUGUGAGCGAUGUGUGCCCUCAGGAACCCGCAUACGAUGUGGACAAGGCUUUUCAUGGGCUCGAUCUUCGUAGGCCCAGUAUCAAGAAGUCCACCGAGCUACUGAGCGAGGCUGUGCAGAUCGAUACCACGGUCGGUGACCACUGGCCUGAUCCUGAUGACCAGGACGAAGUAUGGCACGCGUUCCCUCCGUUCGCCAAGUGGCUAACGAAGGCGUACCCGUACAUCCACGCCAAGUCGAGCCCGUUGACACGGGAGUUUGUGCACAAGCAUGGCAUUGUGUACACAUGGGAAGGCACGGAUCCGUCCCUGAAGCCACUUAUGCUCACGGCGCAUCAGGAUGUAGUGCCUGUGAAUGAAGAGACGGCUGAUCAAUGGAUGUUCCCGCCCUUCUCGGGCCAUAUUGAUCUGGAGAACCAAACUGUAUGGGGCCGUGGCGCUGUGGACUGCAAAUUGUGGCUGAUCGGUAUCAUGUCCAGUGUCGAAUCGUUGCUCGAGAGCGGUUUCCAGCCGAAGCGCACCAUUCUUCUUGCGUUUGGGUUCGACGAGGAAUCCAAUGGGCAGCAGGGUGCCCAGCACAUUGCCAAGUUCCUUGAGAAGAAGUAUGGUACCUUCAGUGUCGGUAUGAUUGUCGAUGAAGGCCAGCCUGUGGUGUCGCCAGCCGACCCUGGCAGCUACGGUAUGCCAUUUGCCGCGCCGUCCGUAUCGGAGCGUGGUGCUACAGACAUCCGGCUGACGUUCCAUGGCGUGGGCGGCCACUCUUCUAUGCCGCCCGAGCAUACCACGAUUGGCUUCAUGUCGCUUGUCGUAGCCUACUUGGAAGCGCAUCCGUUCCCUGAUUUGCUCCAGGAUGCCUCGCGUGCAUCGGUUCAGCAAUUGCAGUGUAUGCGUGAUGCUCCCGGUAUGCCAUCGCAGCUCCGCAAGGCGCUGGUCCGUCUCGAGCUCGCCGAGGCGGCGUUGCUGAGCGAUACGUCGCGCCUCACAGCGCAGAUGCCACGCUGGCAGCGUCUUCUGGAGUCGUUCACCUCGAAGCCAUCCAAACUGGAGCGUCUCGAGCAGGCACGAUCGGAUGUCCUCGACGCCCUGGACUACACGUCCAAGGUCCUUAUGAAGACCACGCAGGCGAUGGAUGUGAUUCGUGGCGGCGUGAAAGUCAAUGCCCUCCCGGAGCAAACGGAAGUGAUGAUCAACCACCGCAUUGCCGUGUACUCGUCGGUCGCAGAAGUCGUGGACCGCUACCGACGUUUGCUCGUUCCGUUAGCGAAAGAGCAUGGCUUUGGUUUUCAGAUCGAGGGCGAAGAGUUGGUCCCUACGCCGCCAGGCUCGCAAAAUGUGCUCGUUGUCGAGCGUAUCAAUGUAUCGACCGAUACGCAUGCGCCAUCGCCCUUUGAAAAAGAGGACGAGGACGCAGCUGCGUACCGUCUUUUAUCCAGUGUGAUUCGCGCGACUUGGAAGGCCGACCAGCCACGCAAUGUGCUCAAGUCGCUGGACGAUGACUCGCUGCCGGUGCAGGGCACGUUUACAGACUCGAUCCGUGUCGGUCCCUCAGUCAUGUUUGGCAAUACGGAUACACGCUGGUACUUGAACUUGACGCAGAAUAUUUUCCGCUUCGGUGCCAUGUCGAUUCACCCUGAUAUGACAGGCCUUUCGCCUUUGCGCCACGUUCACACUGUCAAUGAGCACGCAUCGAUUGACAGCAUUGUGAAGUCGACCGAGUUUUACUCCAACCUCAUUGUGGCUAUGGAUACAGAAACGAUUGAAAGGGUAUAA